ACACACUCCGGAGCUGCUCACACAGAGAGAGAGAGAGAGUGUGUGUGUGUGUGCACACGCGUGAUUGUGUGUAUGAGUGUGUAAGUGUGUGAGAAAUGGAGGUUUCCAUGGUGACCCUGUUGGCAUCUCUGUGGAUGAAGACGUUGUUGAACUGGGUGGUGUUGGUGGUGCAGAAGGGUCAUGUGGGGCGGAGCUUCUGGAGCGUGUUCUGCGUGUCAGUGGCGUUGGGCGACACCCUCCUGGACCUGAGUGUCACCUGUGUGUUCCUGGCGCAGGACGUUCAGGUGUUCGGGCUGCACCUCACUAAGUACCACGUGUGUGUCCUGGUGCAGGCGGCAUGUUCCGUCCAGGGGGUUCUGCACUGGCCCGUCUUCAUCCUCUCCGGAUUGGACGUCCUGUGGAGCAGGCGCCGUUCCUGUCCACGUUCCCCGCAAACGCUGGUCCACACCACCACUGUCUUCCUGCUGUGGACUCUGGCCGUGAUGUACAUAUUCACCGUCCCCGAUUCCCACCCGCUUACGAGAGACGAGGACAAUCACAUCACCCUGCAGCGCUGUCAAGUAAUGGGCGGGGCUCAGAGCCGGCAGGUGGCCUUGGCGUCGUUGUUAACGCUGGUGGGCGUGGCCUGCUACAUGCGCUCCUCUGUGAGGUCAACGAACACCGAACAGCUGAGGGAGUGUGUGUGUCACUUCCUGUCCACCUGGAGCUCCUUCCUGCUCCUGCUGCUCUUCAUCUUGGCGUCUGGGACAGAAGUUCCUCCGUACCUGGACAUGAACGGCGUGUGGCUGUGUUUCAUUCACAGUCUGCUCACUGCAGUGGCCCUGACGAGCUGCAGCUGCGUUUUCUGCACUCACACGCAGGACGACACGUGGAAGAGCUGCACAGGUCUCACACACAUCUGCUUUUUGAGGGACAAAUUGGGUUUCACUGCGGAAACGCUUCCAGCACAGACACUUCACACUCGGAGACUCGCCUGAUGUCAUCUAAAAUCUCUAGGGGCCAAUCGGAGAGCAGGAGGUGUGUGGAAGAGCGUUGAGGAUCUGUACGAAAUCAUCCAGGGAUAAAAUGUCAGAGGAAUGUUUACUGAGCUACUCAUCAGCGUGUGGUGUCUUCAUAACUCCGUCCACUGCUCUCCAGCAAGCCAUGCCCGCUUUCCACCACCCAACCCAAUCUGAACCCAAACUGUGUCUGGUGAAAUUUGAAAAGCACAGCGAUGGGUCUGUCUUAUAGAAACUGUGGUCCUGAUUAAUGACAUCACUUCCUCUCACGAUGUCUAUACUGUCUCUCAGAAAGUCAGAAAAUCUCCACCCCCAAGUUUCAACAUCUCCAAACUGCAGGAAAUAUAAAUUUUCCGACCUGGAAAAAAAAGUCAUAUUUAGAAGCAGGGAUGUUAUAAACAUUAGAAAUGUUUGUUACAUUAUAAACACAAAAAGUGUUCAUGUAUAUAAUUUGGAUUUAAUUUUAGACUUGCGUUGACAAUCUGACAUUUAUCUACUAGAUUUAGUUUUUCAAACAUACAAUAAAACAAAUUAGAGAUUGUUGUUUUAUUUAUUUAUUUGUUUGAUGGUUUAGAAGCUUUUCUCCUUAUCUCCUUAGCAUUGUUUUAUGCUACAGGGAAGAAAUGCACUUCCUCACUAAUCUGCUAUCUGUUGUAUUAUUAACAUCCUUAACAUUUUUUGAUGAUAAUGAAGGAUAAACACGACCAGUUCGAGUACUCCGCAGGUCACAUGAUCAUCCUAAGCUCAGGUUUCUGUUUGUGUGGAGCAUCAUAGGUUCUCCAGGAUCUCAGGUUUCAAAAUAAUUUGUCGUUAGGUGGAUUUGACGACGCUAAAUUUCCCCCUCGGGAAGAGGUGUGUGUGUGUGUGUGUGUGUGUGUGUGUCUGUGUGUGUGUGUGUCUGUGUGAAUCUUAGAGUCCCCUUGUCUGUCUGGUCCCUUUUUAACUUCCUGUUGUGUGUUGAGCGUGAUAUAUACUGUUUUUUCUUUGAAUAAAGAGAGAUCCUACCAUUUGAA